GGUGGGAGGUUGAAGGGGGGUGUAGGAGACCCCCUAUGGACUGCUGUUUCCUCUCCAAUCUGGCCUGACCCCAAAGAACUGGAGGGGAGGUUUUUUUGGAGAAGGGUGUCAGCAGAUUACCAACAACUUUUCUUCACAUCAGGAAACGGUUUGACUUGCUCCGAGCUGCUUCUCUUUUUUUUUUUCCUUCUUCUUCUUCGCAGGCUGCAAAUUCCGCGUCUGCAGACGCUCUGGAAUUUCUUCACUGCAAACAGGCGGACCUUUUCAAAUGGAAUAGAGACCGUUUUGCCCCAGCGAGGGCAGUUUCGGGAGAGUGACAAGCAAAGCAGGGGCAAUGGCUCACCAUUCCAAAUACCCCCUGAGACGUUCCUUCAGUGAACACGUUAAAGAUUCCACUAACAAAGCGUGGGAUAUAAUCUGGAAAAACACCAGGGAGAAGAGAUUAUCAGAAAUUGAAGCAAAGGACGCCUGCGAAUGGUUGCGAGCAGCAGGAUUCCCACAAUACGCCCAGCUAUUUGAAGACUCCCAGUUUCCUGUUGAUAUUGAGCUUGUCAAAAAUGAUCACGAGUUUUUGGACCGAGAUGCUAUCGAGUCUCUCUGCAGGCGCUUAAAAACUCUGAACAAAUGUUCCGCAAUGAGACUGGAAAUUGGUCAUGAGAGGAGAAAGAGCGAUGACUUUGAGGACGAAGAGCCUUGCGCCAUCAGCAACAAGUGGACGUUUCAGAGAGAGAGCAGAAGAUGGUCUCGCCUGGAGACGUUGGAGGUUUCCCACCGGGAAGAUUGCCCCAGUAUCCCGCUGCCCGACAACAGCCUGCGCUUGAAGAGCAUCGACAGCGAUGAGAACAUGUUUGCGGAGCUGGGAGAGAAGCAGGAGGUGUUGUCCAUCGACAGCAGCAGUAGCGGCGGUGGUAGCGACAGCCUGGGCUCACUCAAAAACCCCGAAUCCCAAGUCAUGGACUUCGAGACAAGCAGGAGCUCGUCGAGAUGUUCCUCGAUCAAGCUUGCUUCCCCCGAUUCCUCUUUCAGCGGCCCGCCAUCCCCCAGUGAGCCUUUGAGCUUCUGCGUGGAUAACAGACCCUCCGAGCAAUGCACCAAACCAAAGGGGAAGAGUCUGCUGAACAAAAUGGAAAGGCUUCGGCUGAGAGGCUCCAGCCUAAAGAGGUCGGCUCGGCCGAAGCUCCGGCCGGUCAUCAGCGCCCCGGUGCAGCAGGAGGGAUUCUCCGAAGAAAAGCUCCGCAAUCUGAACUGCGUGGACAUCAGGGAGAUCAAUCAGGCCGUUUUCGCCCAGAACCCCCUCCUGUGCUCCUCCUCCCAGACCUGCAGCAGCAGCAGCCAGUCGGAAAACAGCAGCACCGUCAGCACACCCAGCCCCGUCCUGAGAACGCGAAGCCAGGCCCUCAACGGGAAGCGAGGUGGAAUGUACCUGGAGAAAUUCGGGACCCUUCCGUCUUCUUUCAGGGGCGUCGGUCAACAGAGCGACGGCCUCGAGCAAGGCCAGCACGAGCGUCUGAUCUUCCAGAUCCCGCAGGGCCACAAACCUGGCACCUUCCCUAAAGCACUUUACCAUCGGAUUCUGUCGCCCAUCGACAACACGGUGAACUGGAGGACCGGGAGCUUCCACGGUUACCGGAGGGGCAAGUUCGGGAGGCAAAGCAGAGCGAGCAACGUCCAGGAGUUCGACGCGGAGCAGGGACACCCCGGCUUGCCGGACAAUCGGAUGAGCGUUUACGACAACGUUCCCGGGGCGGAAGCUCACCUCAACAACGGGGACGACGAGGUGUUCGAGGAGCUGGACGAUGUCAUGGAGCACGUGAAUGGACUCCAGAGGCUGGUCAAUAAAUGGACAGAGAAGUUCUCUGACGAAGGCGAGUCAGACUCUGCAAAUGACUCCACGUCCCCUUACCCUUCCUCUCCCAAGGAAAUCCACCUGCAGAUUGAGAAACACCUCGAGGAGAGGGCACCAGCUCACGACUUGGACAACGCUGAAAAGUCUUUGCACCCGGCGCUCGUCCAUUACGAGAGAGAUUCUGGUGUUGGCUCCUCAUUAACACACGCGAAUAGGCCCAUUGAGCAGAACAUAACCACGCAGAAACUACGCUUGCAGAUUGACGGUCAGUCUGCUGCUCAGCUCAACCUCUUACAGAAGCUGGCCCUGCUGAAGCUCACUGCGCUGAUGGACAAAUACUCACCCUCCAGCAAGCAAGGCUGGAACUGGACGGUUCCCAAGUUCAUCAGGAAGAUAAAGGCUCCUGAUUACAAGGACCGGGUUGUGUUUGGUUUGCCACUGCUGCUGAACGUACAGCGAACAGGACACCCUCUCCCCAAGAGUAUCUUACAGGCCUUGCAUUUCCUCAGGAGCCACUGUCUCGAUCAGGUUGGGCUAUUCCGAAAAUCUGGGGUAAAAUCUCGGAUCCAAGCCCUGAGAGAAAUGAACGAAAGCUUUCCGGACAGCGUCAGCUACGAGGGCCAAUCGGCGUUCGACGUGGCAGAUAUGGUGAAGCAGUACUUCCGAGACCUGCCUGAACCCUUGUUGACCACCAAGCUUUGCGAGUCAUUCCUUCACAUCUACCAAUAUCUGCCCAAGGAUCAGCAGCUUUCUGCCGUGCAGGCGGCCAUCUUGCUCCUCCCCGACGAGAAUCGCGAGGUUCUGCAGACUCUCCUCUUCUUCCUCGGGGAUGUAGUGGCUUUGGUCGACGAGAACCAAAUGACUCCCACCAACCUGGCCGUGUGCCUGGCACCAUCGCUCUUUCACCUCAACACUCUGAGAAGGGAGGGCACUGGCUCCAGGAUGGGCCAAAGGAAGUACAACCUGGGGAAGCCUGACCAGAGAGACCUGAGUGAAAAUCUGGCUGCUACUCAAGGCCUGGCUCACAUGAUUGCAGAGUGCACCAACCUCUUCCAGGUUCCUGAGGACUGGGCUCGGCAGGCCCGAAACUCUUGCCUCGCGCAGCAGGAGUUCCAGUCUGAAUCGAGUGGCUGCCUCGUCAGCAACGAGAAGUACGUCAAUGUCAAGAGAGCCCUCGAGAGCUCCAUGCAGAACCUGGUCAAGGAGGCAAAGGAGAAAUUCAAAGGCUGGGUCACCUGCUCCAAUGUAGACCAUGUGGAGAUCGCCUAUAAGAAGGUUGAUGAUGGGCAUCCCUUACGCUUGUGGAAAGUCGGCGUCGAAGUGGACGUGCCAGCGGAGGAAAUCCUCAAGCAUUUGCUUAAGGAGCAUCACCUUUGGGAAAAAGACCUCCUUCAGUCAAAGACCAUCGAAACUUUGGACGAUGAAACCGAGAUCUAUCACUACGCCAUUGGCAGCACAGCCCCACACCCGGCCCGGGAAUAUGUGGUUCUAAGGACUUGGCUGUCAGAUCCUCAAUCGCGAAUGUGUGUGUUAGCUGCCACCUCUGUGAAUGACACAGAAGCUCCUUCACUCGGAGUACGAGGGGAUGUGAUUACAUCCCAAUAUCUAAUAGAAUCAACCGGCUUAGUAAAAUCCAGGCUCUUGCACAUCUGUCAAAUAGACACCAGAGGACGGACACCCGAAUGGUACAACAGAGUAUUCGGCUAUCGAUGCGCAGCCAAACUGCUCCAGAUAAGAGACUCUGUCGCUGCUUCAGACUGUAAAAUACGUGAAACAAAAAUUUGAAAACGUCUCGUCAGCUCGGGACAUUAUGUGACACUGACGAGCUGUGACGAGAGCAUUCUGACUGACCAACAAAUGUGUACAAAGCAGAAAUCCUUUUCAUUCAGCGAAUGUAACAUUGACUGCAGGAGGAAGGAUGAGGAGUCUCGUCUGCGUCUAAUUCUGAUGGGGCGAGAGCAAUACUAAACCCACAUGACUUAUUUGCUACCAGUCAACAAUCUGAACCCUGAAUUAUUCGGGAAUGGAGUCAACCUAAACAGAAAGUCUCUGAAGCAGUUAUGUAAAUAGGGUUCAUGAUGGAGGAGUGUGCCAUCCAGGCUUUAAGUGUUCUAAUAAGUGUCCGUGUGGGGGAGGAGGGUGUUCUUUUAAGAAGUCUUUCUUUCUGAAAGGGAAUUCUAAGACUUGUGCGAAGCUUUGUAUUGAGAAACGUGUCGUUGUAGAAAAUCGCAUCUCUAAGUUCCUCCAAGCCACGAGUGGAGAUUUCUUUCCGUGUUUUUGCUUUCUUUGCUGUUCUCUGGCUGGCAAGUUGUCCAAGUCGAUGGUCCAAUUCCGGGUGUAUUGAGACGGUUCUUUUUUUAGAAAGUUGUAUAUUUGUAUUUUUUGAAAAAUAUUGCUAAUUGGUGAGCCAGCAAAAUGUUUAUUUUACAUCUUGAAAACCUAUCUUUUUAUUCAAUUUUUAUUAAUUUUAAUUUAAUCUGUGUUCAGUACAUUAAUACCGUGACAGAAAGAGGAGCAGCGCACCAUGAGAUGUUGGCAAACCAUGAAGGCAAAAUUCCACCUGGGCCUAGAUUUACUCUACAAAUGUAUUAUUUGAGAGUGUCUAGCUUUUUGGCACUCUUAUAUAGCGUUCAUUUUGAAGCUGACUUUCUGUAACCAAGAAACUGGCUUCAACGUUGAGACUGAAGUCAACAAUUUGGCAAAUUCUCAACACUAUAAAACGCUGGUAAACAAAGACCCAGAUGGAUUUUCACUCUGGUGGUAUUAAUGUUAUGCCCGUACUUUUUAACGUGUUUGUGCCUUGUAACUUAACGUAACCCCUCCUUUUUAGGGUUUGCAAAGCGGAACUCUUUCACACAGUUUGUUAGGGAGGCGGUUGCAGGGUACAGUUCGUUGGGUAUGUGUGGAGGAUGGUAAGCAAGUUGACAAGUGUGUUUUUUCUUAAAAAGGAUCUAUUUGACUGCAUUUAGUCAAAAUGUCUCAAAGAAUUCUUGUCAUCUUAAUUCAUUAGUUUUUAUAUGUUGGGGAAAUGUUUCUCAGUGGGUACAAGCCCAAACCCACUGGUAGAUGUUCAGUAUUGAGGGCUGAGGAACUAUUUUUAUUUAACCCUGCCUCAAUGUGCCCAUUGGCUAAGCACUGUAUUUUCAGAGGUUAAGAUUUCCUUCUCUGUGGCAGCCUUUCCCCAUCCAUCGCACUCACUAUUUCGGGCUGUGAGAUGUGGUCAGGCUCCCACAGGUCACAUAUCAGUGCCGUUCCAACAGUCCACUGCACAGGAGUUGAGGACUCGGGAGGAACUGAACUGGAUUCUGCCCUCACUAUUGUUCAGACUUGCUGAGGCACAUCAUUUGUACCAGCGAGAGAUCAGCAUGAGCCUGUGGUGCCAUUACAAACCACUGCAGAUUAAAAUCUGCUCCAAAGUAGGAGAGCUGUAGUUUCCAAACCUUCUCUCAUCUCCCCACUUAAGAUUGAACUUCCAGCUAAAAGCACAAGAACCACUUUAUCAGAGCACCAGCUGUGACCUGGGCUACAUCUGUCCUGUGGCUAACACUGUCUGGGUGUUGAUUUUGAUGAGUGUUCAUUCCCUGAUUAUCAUCACUCCACAUUGCCUGUGUUUGCAGUGCUGCUGCUAAUUACAUAGAAUAUGCCAUCACGAUCCAGUGAGGGGGGAAAAAACAUGCAUUUAGCUUGAAACAACUGAAUCACAUACUCAAUGAAGUGUCGGUCAGGAAUACGAUCGUCUGGUUUACACCAGCCCCGGUGUGGCAGUUAAUUGACUUUCUUGCAUUCGAUUAGCAUUAGGUAUUUAGAAAUGCAUUCUAUCACUUCCUUAAGAAUAAGAUGACUUCAGUUCGUGGUUAUUGAACUGUUAAGAUGCAGCUGCUGUAUUCUCGAAACUAAGAACCCUGCCUUUUUAAAGAUUUGUAAAUAAGUUAUAUUUUCUUUACAAUAUAAUCUAUUUAUGAGGCAUCAAUAUGUUUUGUAUUUUUGUUAUUUGAAAAUGCAGUAAAUAUAUUUACAUAACUACA